AUGGCUAGUCAGAGUACCAAUGAGAUGCAGGAAGCCAGUCUGGCCCCAUCAGAGAAAGGACAGCCACCAAUACUGGUCCAAUAUGAUACAUCGCCAGACCCCCAUGUGGGUCCCAGAGAGGCUUUGGAGAGGCACGGUAGCCAAGAAGAGAGCCAAGAUCCAAGCCCACAAGACAACCCUCAACCACAGGCCCCAAACCAAAGGGCCACUAAUGUGGAAGGAAACAACACUCUUUAUGGACUGUCCUUCCCAAGAAAGCUUUGGAGGAUAGUGGAGGAUGAUGCCUUCCAGUCUGUGUGCUGGAAUGAAGAUGGAGACACCGUGAUCAUCAAGGUGAACCUUUUCCAGAGGGAGGUUCUCUGCCGAAGGGGCAAGGAGCAAAUCUUUGAAUCGAACAGCCUGAAGAGUUUCAUCCGCUUGAUGAACCUCCAUGGUUUUAGCAAAAUACGCCCUGAUGAUUCUUCAGUUUGCUCUCCAAGGAAUAAGAUAAUGAUCUACCAAAACAGCAAUUUCCAGAGAGACAAGCCUUGGCAUCUCCUAAACAUUAAGGCAAAAGGCAAUCAAAUGGCUCGAGUUUGUCCAGGUACCAGUGCCAGGCCUGCAAAGAGAAAGAAGAAGAUGGCCCCCACAAGACGCUCUCCAAGACUACACCAGGAGGACAGCAAAAAAGAAGCAGAACAAAAGGCUCAGGAGACAGAUAAGAAUGAGUGGGGAUCCAGUGCCACCCAGGCAUUCGGGUUCUCCGCUCCUCAGCCCCUGAGCAGUGCCAGGGAGGUCCAGUGUCCAAGUGCAGCCAGUGGUUCAAGUGGGGAGGACACUUCUGGUAAUUUCAUGUUUGUGCCCACGGCUACUGCCGGAACCGAUGGCAAAGAGGAUCUGUUCCCCACCCUCCCAAAUAAACCACCACAAGGUUCAGUGAUGUCUUUAUACAACAUAUGCUAUUCAGUUCUGAUAGCUGAACUUUUAGACUUGGCUCCACUUGAGGACCCUGACCAGGCCGAGGAGGAAAACCAUGAGGGCUCCUCAGAUAACAAGUAUUCACUCUGUGAGCAGUUCAAGGACAAUACAGUCCCAUAA